GUUGGGGCUGCUUGGCAGCACUGUCCAGUUCUCGCCUUGGCUCCCUGCCCACCCGCCCCGCGCCCUGUCAGCAUUUCCAGUCUGAAAAAGGAUCUUUCAUAUGCAGGCCAACAGGUAACUAGGGAAGAAACUUAUUUCUUCACGUCCUUAUUGAAGAUAGAUAAAUCCAGCGUGGCAUUGCUUUUUUCCAAUUUAGCAAAUCAAGAUUUGCCUUGUCAAAAUUCUUCUGACCUCGGAGAUUUUAGAAAAUUCACCUUUCAAAUAUGGAUGAUGAUUCUAGACCUCUCCUCAUUUCUGAGGUGAAUAAUGAAGUAGAUCCUCAAGUUAUGAACAUCCAGUUUGAAGCAGCAGACGUGAGGUCAAAAAGGCCUUUUUAUGUGGAGCCCGCAAACGUCAUCAGUGUGACUAAUGACACUCCGAGGGUCACAGACCAUGCCUCUGCCAUGAACAAGCGAAUUCAUUACUACAGCCGACUCACAUCUCCCUCCGACCGGGCGCUGAUUGCACCCGAUCAUGUGCUUCCAGCCCCUGAAGAUCUCUAUGUAUACAGUCCACUGGGUUCUGCCUUUAAAGUGGAGUGCUACACUGAUGGUUAUGGUAAAAACACCAGUUUGGUCACAAUUUUCAUGAUUUGGAAUACUAUGAUGGGAACAUCUAUACUAAGUAUUCCAUGGGCAGUAAAACAGGCUGGAUUUACCACUGGAAUCUGUAUCAUCAUUCUGAUGGGUCUUUUAACACUUUAUUGCUGCUACAGAGUAGUAAAAUCACGGACAAUGAUACCUUCAUUAGAUACCACUAACUGGGAAUUUCCAGAUGUUUGCAAAUAUUAUUUUGGCUCCUUUGGUCAGUGGUCUGGUCUGCUGUUCUCCCUGGUAUCUCUCAUUGGAGCCAUGAUAGUUUAUUGGGUGCUUAUGUCCAAUUUUCUUUUCAACACUGGAAAAUUCAUUUUCAAUUUUGUUCAUCAUGUUAACAUCACAGACGACAUCCUUAGUACUAAUGGUACCAAUCCGGUGAUUUGCCCAGAGGCCGGAGGUGGUAGCCAGCCUGACAACUACACCAUUGAAGUUUUCUCUGCCAACAACACUAACUUCGAGCAGUUUGAAAAGUGGUGGAAUAAAUCCAGGACAGUACCUUUUUACCUGGUAGGAUUACUCCUACCACUGCUCAACUUCAAGUCUCCAUCUUUCUUUGCAAAAUUUAACAUGCUAGGCACUGUAUCAGUUCUCUAUUUGGUUUUCUUUGUCACAUUGAAGACUAUUCAGUUGGGUUUCCAUUUGGAAUUUCAUUGGUUUACAUCAACAGAGUUUUUUGUCCCAGAGAUCAGAAUUCUUUUUCCACAGUUGACUGGAGUGCUCACUCUUGCUUUCUUCAUUCAUAACUGUGUUAUUACUCUCCUGAAGAACAACAAGAACCAGAAGAACAAUGUGAGGGAUCUGUCCAUUGCUUAUUUUCUGGUGAUGCUAACUUACCUGUACAUCGGUAUCCUGGUUUUUGCUUCAUUUCCCUCUCCACCAUUAUCCAAAGAAUGCAUUGAGCAGAAUUUUUUAGACAACUUCCCAAGCAGUGACAUCUUGUCAUUCAUUGGAAGGAUAUUUCUGCUGUUCCAAAUGAUGACUGUGUACCCACUCCUGGGCUACUUGGCUCGAGUCCAACUAUUGGGAUUCAUCUUCGGUAAUGCUUACCCUAGUAUUUUCCAUGUGCUGGUUCUAAAUCUCAUUAUCGUGGGAGCUGGAGUGAGCAUGGCCUGUUUCUACCCAAACAUAGGAGGAAUCAUAAGAUAUUCAGGAGCAGCGUGUGGCCUGGCCUUCGUGUUCAUAUAUCCGUCUCUCAUCCACAUAAUAUCCCUGUACAACGAGGAGCGCCUGACAUGGCCCACGCUGUUAGUCCACGCCUUCAUCAUCAUGUUGGGCCUUGCGAACCUGGUGGCUCAGUUCUUUAUGUGAAAGCCCCAAUUGUUUGCUAUUUCAUGGUGUUUUGAGCUUGUAUAACAGCUUGGUGUAAACCGAGUUGUAAAUGUUAAUUGUGAUUGAUAGGAUUUUGAAUGUCCUUGAGGAUAUUUGAAAACAAGGGAAGAAGGGCCCCAUUGACAGGGAUUUUUAUGUGUGUCAAGAGGGCAGAGGCAGAAAGAAAACAAGAUUUGUCUUCUUACCUCCUCUACAUCUUUUACUCACUCGACUCUAGUUUGCUUUUCCAAAAUUGUCAAAAACCAGGUAAAAGAAAGGAUUUGCUUUCCCAGGCAGAAAUAGUUUUGUUAAGCCUUAGACUAUUUGACACUCUGCUGUUCUGCAGACUUAGGUAUUCUCAAGUCCCAGGAUUCCUGUACGUGAACCUGUCAUAGAGCAGCACCUUUUUAAAUGGGAAGAGUUGCUACUCUGUGCUUCAGUGUCUUUGAAUCUUUUCUUGGUUAUUAGGCAUAGGAGUGAUAGCUUGGCUAUGGAGACUCUAAAAAGUUCUUCUAACAGAAUUAUCCCUAGUUGUCCUCAAUGCCAGUUGUUGAUUCUUGUCCAUAAAAUCUUUCAGGAAUGAGAUUUACUCUCUUUAAGAAAUGACUUUUGAGUGCUUUGCAAUCCAUGGGAGAGCAAUUUAAGGGACUUUACUACAGAACAGUAGUGAAAAUAGAGAUUGCUGUGAAGGCAAUCAGAGACCGCUUCCGCCUUACUUGGUUGCCUUCAUAGGAAGAACUUGGAGGCUUAGAACUUCAGAACUCCAUACUUGUCCAAGGUUGAAUAAUUUGCUAGUCAAUCGCAUUCCUGAGGGUCAUUUUGGUUUUUCCUGUUUUACAAAUCUUGUUCCCUUGCCCUGGUAUUUUAUCCACAUGGAGUGGCUUCUUUUUUUUUCCGAACAUAUGUUACCUUAUUCUGAUUAAUUUAUAAUCUGCCCUUCCUCUGCUUAGAUUUCCAUCUUUAGCCUCUUCCUUUCAUGACUUAUUACCUACUUCAGGUUUUUAAAUUUCUCUUCUAACAGAAGAGAGCUAACUAAUUUCAGUCCAGUAGCCUGCAGCUUUUAGCAUGACAUUGAGAUGUUCAGUGAAACCAUCACACUUGUCAUCCUUCUUCUUUGGAAGGUUUUUGGAAAAAGCUGUAAAUGCUUUACAGAGAUGGGCUAAGGCAGAUGUCAUUGAGUUUGCUGUCUUAAAGAAGCAGCUCUGAUGAUCAUAGAAAUUACCUAGGAGUAAAGAGUAAAGUUAUGUAUAAAAAUCAAAGUACUAUUCACGGUAAAGGGAAUUUUACAGUUUACUUGCAUCAAGUUUAUUCUACAAAUACAGUUUUGAAAAAUGUAAUGGCAACUAAGGUGUCGACAGAUCUUUCUGUUGUUUCUAUCUAGACCAUGACUGGAAAACCAAAUUAUCCAUUAUAUAUUGAUUAUUAAGUAUUUAUUGAGAGCAAGGUGCUAUACUGGGUACUCUUAGGAGAUCCAGCAAUGAAUAAUAUGUCUUGUCUUCAAAAGGUGCAUGUCUAAGGGGCAGGAUAAGACACACACAAAUAUCUAUAAUAGCUUGUAAUGUUUGAUAGGUGACUUAGGGGAAUGCUGAAGGAAUUCCAAGAAGGAAGCCAGCCAUUGCCGAGGAUGCUCAGGGAAGGCUUCAUGGAGUUUUGGUGUGGAGGGAGGUGGAACCAGGGCUUAACCUCCACUUUCAUAAAGGAAACUGUAGUGACCCUGCCACAGGUAGAGUCUGAAAUUUUCAUUCUUUCUUUUAACAAUCUAAAAACUUAGAUAAUUGGGUCUCUUCCCAUCCCCAAAUUGGAACACAUACCUGAAACUUAAAUGGAACUGAUUUCAUUUAACACUGAGAAACAAGUUUUUUGAGAACCAUUUGCAUCUUUAUCGACUUUGUUGUACUCUUUACAUUUGAAUGCCUUUUGCUUUUACCCGCUAAUGAGAUUCCUCGGUAAAAAGUAUAAUUUCUUAUUAUGGGAAAAUAAUAACUAGUAAUGGGGUGGGUAUUGCAUUUUUUAAAAGUCCAAGUUUAGUUCUGCAAAAACUUUGAUUUAUUUAGGAGUCCACAUUUUUAAAGCCCUGUUAACUUAUUACUUCGAGCUUAUUUAUAAGAGCGGAUAAUACGGAGGCUGGAUUUUUUUUUAAGCACUGUCCUCAUUUGCACUCUUCAAAUCCAAACUUAACUUUAAAUUGUUCUUUUUUUAAAAAAUCAGUUUUACUUCAGUUCUGGUGUUGAAAUUUAUUUCCAAGUCUGGGUGAUACUUACACAAUCUGUUGUUAUACUACUUUUGUGCUAGAGCAAAACUAAUCCUUACACACACACACACACACACACACACACACACACACAACACACACACACACACACACACACACACACACACCCCAAAGUACCCUUCUGCCCCAGCUAUCACCUACUUUAUGGUUAUCUAUCUGCUAAUUGCAGAUAGCAUAAUAUGUAAUCAUGCAUUGUAAGAACAUUACAACCCAGAGUUCUCAAAUGUAAUUUAUUGUCUUUUUAUAUAUUAAAAAAAAA